AUGGGGGAAGCGUCCGGGGCCCGGGACGCCUUCGGCCGCGGCCCGGGCUUCUGGUACUGCCCCAGCCGGCGGGAGGGGUCCAGCGAGGAGGAGGAGGAUGACGAGGAGGAGGAGCGGAUCGGCUUCAGCCAGCACUGGGACGUUUCCAGCGAGGACAGCGACUCCCCCUACAACUUCUGUGGGUUCAAGAAGUCUUUCUUGUGCGAGGAGCCUCUGCCCGAGGAACCUCUGCCCGCUUGCCCCCUCCAGAGCGCUCUCGAGCUGAAGAUGCACAGGCUGCCCGUGCCCUGGAGCCACCAGGUUACGGCCGAGGAAGCGGAGAGGAACGCGCGGGAGCUGGUGGCGGAGGAGGAACGGAUGAAGAAGAAGGCGGAAAAGAAGAAGCUGAAGAAGAAGAAGCAGAAAGACCGGAAGAAACGAGAAAAAUUGGGACAAGAGCUGAAAAACAAGCAGGAGACCAAGUCGAGCACCUCGUCCCCGAGCGGUGCUACGGGUACCGGGCACUCCCAAAACAGCAAUGUUGAGGAGGAGGAGGGCUGGCCGGGCCCCAGCCCCUCCCCAUGUGUCCGGGACAGCACAGCCUCCUCUGGAGAGGAGGGAGGAGGCCGGGAGGCCAGGGCAGAGGAGAUGGAGGAUGAGCUGGACUUGAGCUGCACCUUCGUCUUCAAAGCCCGGCAGAAAGCGGGUGUGAAGCUGCUGCCGCCUGGGAAGGAGAAGCCGGCCAGGAUGGACGAUGCGGAGCCAGGCAAGAGGGUGCCGGGGAAGGCGCCCGAGCCUGUACCCCUGGACAUGAGUGUGGUGGAGCAGAGCCUGAUUCUCGCAGGCCGCGGCAACCAGGCUGCCCAGAAGGGCCGCUACGCCGAGGCGGUGCAGGCCUUCACGGAGGCCGUGAAGCUGAACCCCAGGGAGCACCGGCUUUUUGGGAACCGCUCCUACUGCUACGAGAAGCUUCAGCGUUACGAGGAGGCACUCAGGGAUGCGCAGGUGUCGCUGGGCCUCCAGCCCGGCUGGCCCAAAGGCUUAUUCCGCAAGGGCAAGGCGCUGCGGGGGUUGGAGCGCUACGCUGAAGCCGCCAGUACGUUCAGGGAGCUGCUGUGCCUGGACGGCUCCGACGCCGAGGCGGCUGCCCAGCUGGAAGCCUGCCGGGCCCGGCUGCGGGUGAGUCUGCAGCGUUCCUGUCCCCGGCAUCUCCGGCUGCCGCCCCACAGGGCCUGA